AAUGCAACGAUGCCGCGCAUUGUUCAUGUUGGCGAGCAGGAGAAGCCGAUGAGCCAGCCGCGCUCGCUCUUUGACGACGACGACGACGACCAGGACGACCAGGACGACAAUCAUAGCAAUACUAACACCAUGCAUCAUGACGAUGAUGAUCGUAACACCAGUGGCACCAGUGGCAAUGCGCCAGUCCGAUCGAGCACAGACUUGCACGCAUCCAAGCUCAGCGCCGCCCAGCACCAUAGAGACGACGUGACGCGCCCGCCAUCCGUCGGACCAACAUCAUCACAAAACGCACGAGGUCUGCAUCCCAGUGACGACGAAGCGACAGCCAAGGAAGCCACGGACAAGGACGCUGCGAUGGCUGAUGACCGCGGCGAGCCAAUACUCGUGGACGACGACGACGACGACGACGCCCAGCCGCCGUCGGCCAGAUCGCAGGCACCCUUCAGAACAAGCUCAGCGGACAUGCACUACAACGCGGAAUCCAAGUCCGAAGCCAAGAGAUCCCAUGGCUUGCUCGAGUACGAGCGCGAAGCCUACGCCCAACUGCUCGCCGAGGACGGACUGUGCAUCAUGGCGCGCGGCUUGGGGAUCGACCGCCUGCUGCAGGCAUUCAUCCAACAGUACUGCGAUCCUCAGGUGCUGGUGCUGGUGCUGGGGUGCACGCCCGACGAGGAGCAGGCCAUGAUUGCCGAGCUCCGCGAGAUUGCCCGACUCGACGGCGUUCCGGAAGACGCCGCGUUCUUGCCAAGGGUGCUGGACAACACUGUCAGCUCGGCGGCACGGUGCGACCUGUACAUGCAAGGCGGCAUUUUUUUCAUCACCCCGCGAAUCCUGAUUGUCGACAUGCUCAAAAAGCGCAUUCCCAUCCAUCACAUCACCGGCCUGCUCGUGCACCGGGCUCACAAGGUCGUGGACACGAGCACAGAGGCAUUCAUCAUUCGCCUGUUCCGCCACAGCAACCGCGAGGGCUUCAUCAAGGCCUUCUCCAGUGCGCCGGAGGCCUUUCUGCCCGGCUUUAUGCGCAUCGAAAAGGUCAUGAAGGCCCUGUACAUCCGCCGGCUGUACCUGUGGCCGCGGUUUCAGCAGCUCGUCAUUGACACGCUCGAGUCGCACCACAUUGAGCCCGUUGAGAUUUAUCCCGAAAUGACAGACUCGAUGACCGUCAUACAGCGCGCCAUUGUCGAAAUCAUGGAUGCCUGCAUUCGCGAAGUGAAGACAGACAACCCGACCAUCGAAGUGGACAACCUGACGGUCGAGAAUGGGCUUUUCGCCUCGUUCGACCACUUGAUUCGGCAGCAGCUCGAUCCCAUUUGGCAUCGCGUGAGCCCGAAAACCAGGCAGCUCGUCACAGACCUGUCGACCCUGCGCAAGCUGCUCUCCUACCUGUACGAGUACGACUGCGUCACCUUUUACGUGUUUCUGGAGGCCUUGCGGACGAGCUACAGGGCGUUUGGAGAGUACUCGCUUUGGGUGUUUAUGGACGCGGCCAAUCGCUUGUUUGAGGAGUCUCGCAAGCGCGUGUACUUGCACCGCGCUUCAUCACUGGCUUCCAGUAGUACAGCCAGCGUUGCGGGAGGGGUGAAGCGCGCGCGCCUGGACACUCCGCAGAGCCACGCACUACCACCGCCGGUCGUUGGUGCUCGAUCGGCAUUUGCCUUGGCGUCUGUGGCGGCCCCGCUCGCUGCAGACGAACAACGCGAGCGUGCGCGUGCCCAGAGCGAGAGUCUUGAUCGUGCUGUCGUGCAAAACCCCGACCAAGUGCCCAUCGAUCUUGUUCUGGAGGAAAAUCCCAAGUGGCGCGAGCUGCUCCUGGUUCUCAAGGAAAUUGACGAUACCAACAACGUUACCAGCAAGGGGCGAGCCAUUUCUUCUGGCUUCCUAUCUCAAGAUGACAUUGAGUCGUCCCAAGGCAAGCGAGGCGGCUCCGUCACCGUGACACGUCCCGAAGAAACCGACUCCAUUCCAAUUCCAAUUCCGAUGGACGCAGACUCGGCUCGUCCCGAUAACACUGUACUAGUCCUCGUUGCCGACGAACGGACUGCCUUGCAGCUCCAAGAGUACAUUGCAGUUGGCGGACCUACCAUGCUCGAGCGCAUCUUUCAGCGUCAAAUGUUGUGGAAGCGCGAUUUGCUCAAGAUGACGGGCCGAGGUGGCUUUUCCGCUCCAGGUGUCCAGAGCACCACCACGACGCCCGUGUUUGCGGCCAAGCGCUCGACCGCCAACACUGCCACGUCGAAUGCCUUUAUGCCGUCUCGCGCAUCUAUGGGUGCCGCAGGUGCCGUCGGCAGUGGCAACAAUGCAGCUUCCCGGCGGCGCGCCAAGCUCUCGGAGCGCGUGGCUGCCAAGCGGGCCGCCGCAUCCAGAUCUACCGAUGACAAUCCAGCUGUUGAUGAUCCGUCGGAAGAGGACGCCGUUGAAGGACAUCCGAGCGACGCACCCAGCCAAUCUCGCAAACGCACCUACCCGAGCGAUGCCUUCCAGAGUAACAUUACCAUUGACAGCAUGAUUCAUGCGAUUGACACGCACGCCAGCCAGAAUGAAGCUUCUGCCAGCAAGGCGGACGCGCCUCCAAGCGAGCCAUUCUUUGCGCCCGCCACUCCGUUUGUCAUCCAUGCCAUCCGCGGCCUCGAGGGCAAGCGCAGUCUGUUCCAGGUCCUCAAAGCUGUCGACCCCAUCUUUGUCGUGCUGUUCGACCCCGAGCCGUGGGUGGUUCGGCAGCUGGAGGUCUUCAAGUGCACCCGACCUGCGAUUCCGCUGCGCAUCUACAUGCUCGUGUACAAAACGUCCGUCGAAGAGCAACGCUAUCUCACCUCCAUCCGCAAAGAAAAGGACGCAUUCCUGGCACUCAUUUACGAGAAGUCCAUGAUGGCCGUGCCUGUCGACCAAGACGGGCGUCGCGACUUUUCAGAGCAAACAUCUGCCAUGGAUGCCGAUCUGCAACAAGCCAACUUUGGUCGAUCGCAGGGGCAGGCUUCGUCCACCCACCUCAUGUUUCCCAGCAACCCGUCGCUUUCCAUGGCUGCUGCCAAUGCCAGUAGCGCCGCGAGCAGCAGGCGUCGGCUUGUGAUUGUCGACAUGCGCGAGUUUCGUUCGACGUUGCCUUCGAUGCUUCACGCCCGAGGUUUCGACGUCGAGCCCGUCACGCUCGACAUUGGCGACUAUGUCAUCAGUCAAACAAUGUGUGUCGAGCGCAAGAGCAUACCGGAUUUGAUUGGCUCCUUUCAGUCUGGUCGUCUUUAUGCGCAGGUGGAAAACAUGACAAAGUACUACGAGCAACCAAUCCUUCUCAUCGAGUUUGAUGAAAAUAAGGCGUUUCAGCUGCAGGCCCGUGGCGACUUGACUGCCGAGGUUUCUCUCAAGAACAUUUCAUCGAAACUCGUGCUUUUGACGCUGCACUUUCCUGGUCUGCGCAUCCUGUGGUCUCAGUCUCCCCACGCGACAGCUGAAAUGUUUGAUUCGCUCACGGAGGGCGUCGAGCGACCCGCCAUUGAAGAUGCUGUCGGCAAGGGUAGCGACGACCCUUCUGUGACGGAUACCGAUAGUCACGGCAGCAGCGUGGCGCAGGAUUUGCUUCGGAAACUGGCUGGCGUCAACGCAUCCAACGCACGUCCUUUGAUGAGCGCAUUCACCAAUUUGGCCGACCUUUUGAACGCAUCAACCGAAGAGUUGCAGAGCGCGGCUGGACCUGACUGUGGUCGGCAAUUAUUCGAGUUUGGAGGCAAAAACACAAAGACAGAUUAGAGCGAGUGCGAUUGUUGAGUCAUAUUCAACUUUGACAUUCAGAAUGCGAGAUCGACUCAAGUUUGUUGUAUUGCUUUUGUUGUUCAAUGCACAAAUACCCCCUUUCCACCCCAUCCGCUGCUAAAAUUACAAUUCUACAUGAUCGCCA